AUGGCUUUGUCUUGUACAGCUGUCUCCUGCGAUGAAUGGCGAGAAAAGCUGGGAGCUGCAAAGACAGCUUGUGAGGAGUCCCGCUACUUUGAGGCGGUGCAGCUCAUCAAUGCAGCGCUAGAGGCCUUUGAGCCACAUCUGCCUGCGGCCAAAGAUCGCCCUGGGCAACUGCUCACCGAGCCGCAGCGUUUUGUUCAGGAGACCAGAGAUUCAUUGGGCGAUGCUGCAGAGAACCUUGCAGAUCUUUGGGCCACCCGCGCAGACAUCUUGAUGAAUCUGGGUGGUUUGAAGCGUGCCUCCAACGAGUUAGCAGCAGCCCUGGAACUCGCCCCAGAGGCAAAACGAGUGAAGGACUUGCAGGAAGAGUGCACGAAAUUGGAGCAGUACCAGGAGGAAGGCAUAGCAGAAGAAGCCCUGGCAGCCGCACAAAACAAGGUACCAGCGCACAUUUUGACUGGUUUCUUGGGCUCUGGCAAGACCACCUUGCUAAAUCACAUUCUCCGAGAAACACACGGGAAGCGCUUUGCAGUAAUCGAAAACGAAUUUGGCGAAAUUGGAAUUGACGACAAAUUGAUCGCUCGGCGAGAAGACCUCGGAGCCGAACAGAUCAUCGAGAUGAACAACGGCUGCAUUUGUUGCACAGUCAGAGGUGACCUCAUUCAAGGUCUUCGCAGCAUUUUGAAGAAGACCACUCUAGACGGCCACAAGCUGGAUGGAGUCAUCAUCGAAACCACGGGAUUAGCAGAUCCUGCACCUGUGGCCCAAACUUUUUUUGCAGAUGAUGUGAUCCAGGCGAGAAUCACCCUGGAUGGCAUCAUAACUGUAGUGGAUGCGAAGCACUGCCUGCAACACUUGCACGAAGAAAAACCUGACGGUGUGGAGAACGAGGCCGUUGAGCAACUUGCCUUCGCUGACCGCAUCAUUGUCAACAAGACGGAUUUGGUCACCGAAACUGAGCUUGCGGAACUGACUCGAGAGAUUCGGAAGAUCAAUGGCGUAGCACCCAUGAUCUACACCCAGAACUCCAAUGUGCAGGUUGAUGAGAUCAUUGGCAUCAGAGGCUUCUCCCUGGACCGCGUCCUCGAGAGCGAUGCCGGGUUCCUGAAGGAUGAUCAAGAUCACCAGCACGAUCAAUCCGUCAGCUCUGUCGGUAUCGAGUGUGCUGGUGAAUGCGAUCAAGAAAAGCUGAACAGCUGGAUUGCAACGCUUCUGCGUGAACGUGGCACUGACAUCUUUCGAACAAAAGGCGUUUUGGCAGUGAAGGGCUGUGAUCAACGGUUUGUCUUCCAAGGCAUCCACAUGAUCUUCGGCGGGCAGCCACAGAAUGAUUGGGGUGGAGAAGAACGGAUCAACAAGCUCAUCUUCAUUGGUCGAAAUCUUGAUAGAGAGGAACUGCACAGGGGCUUCCAAGCUUUGCAGCGCUUGGCUGACCGGGCGCAGGCAGGAGAGCUGGAAGAGCCGCCACCUGUGGAGCCUCCUCCACCACCUCCAAUGCCGGAUAUGAUGGAUCCUGGCAUGCGGGACAUGGGCUAUGGCCAGGGCAUGGAGGAACGCUCCGUGGUCCGAGAUAUCCUUGGCUUGCCUGGCAAUUCCAUGAGUUUACCGCUGGAUGGUCCUCCAGCCCCGCCGGUUCCAAGUGUGAUGCCUGGCAGCGCUCAGCCCAUGACCUUUGGCGCGUCCCAGCGGAGAAUGCCGGAGCUCACAACGUUGAAAGGCUUCCUUCGGAGGGGUGCCUUUGACGAUGAAAUUCCGCAGACCAAGAAAGAUGCUGAUUCUGUGCAGAAGAUGCUAGAACGGCUACAGGUGCAGCAGCUCUUCUUGACGCUCCUUGUGUCGCUUUCAGCCAGCAUCCUACUAGGCGUCUUCAUCCUGUUCGUCCUAUUUUGCUUUCGACGACGGAAUACAGCGCUUGCCCAGGAAAAAGAGGAAGAACCGCCAGAGACAAAACCGUGCGGUACAUCAGACGACGUGCCGUAUCCCAAAGUAAGUGUUCUCCAGCAAUUCCUGGGGCGGGCAGCAGAGGAGCCGACCAGCCCUGCAUUGAAGAGUCCACAGGGCAUAGUCACAUCUGAGCAGCUGCUCUACUGUGCAGUUCAAUGUGCAGAACUUCUUUCUCCUCACCUUGCUGACAAUGGGACACAGCUUGUGGCGCUGUAUUUACAGCCUGGGCCACGACUGAUUGCGGCAGUGCUGGGAGUUUGGCUUGCACAGUCUGCUUGGACACCCUUGGAUCGGAAGAGUCCCAAGAGAAGGCUGCAAGACUUGGUGAAGCAGAUGCAGCCCAGUGCGGUCAUUUGUGAUGAUGAUGCACCCUUCAAGCAGCUGGGUAUCCCCUUGGUUCACGCCCAGAAACUCAGCUUCAAAGGUUCCAAAAGGAUUGCGCAGUGUGAGGAGUCUCUUGAAGGGCUGGCACAGGUGAUUUACACGUCAGGCUCUACGGGUACGCCAAAGGGUGUGAUGUACACACACAGCCGCCUGGCACAUUCCACCCACUUCUUCGCGGAGCAGUGUGGAGUCUCUUCGUCAUGCAGGGUCUUGCAGAAGACACCCAACAUUUGGUCGGUGUUUCGCCAUGAGGUCUACCCUGCACUGUGCAGAGGAGGGCUCAUCAUCCACCCAGAACCACAUAGGGCCAGCGAUCCAAUACAUCUUGCAGAAGUCAUCACCUCCAAUUCUGUCUCUUUGCUGGUUGCGACGCCGACAGUGCUGGAGCUCAUCUUGGACUCUGGAGAAAGCUUGUCCAGUCUGCAACGAGUGGUUUGCAUGGGUGAGCCUCUCUCAUGGCGGUUAGCAGGCAUCCUCAUGAAGCAGCUUCCGGCAGUGCAGAUCAUGAAUUUCUACGGCUCGACUGAGACAGAAACUCACCCUGAUUAA